AUGUACUAGCCAGUUUCUUAAUAGCUCGUUAAGGCAGCAAGAGGCGUUGCCAAAAAAUGUUCUAUUUGCAACAAGAAGUUUGAACUCUUCUUGAGAGAACAUAUUUGUAAGCGUUGUCUAAGACCUGUUUGCAGCGAAUGCUCUCCUAAAAAGCUUAUUAUUGUAGGAUACGAUUAAGCUCCUAAUCAAAAGCACAGAGUUUGUUCUCCUUGCAAGGCAGAAAGCAAGUUCUAAAAGAAGCUUCGUAAAGAAAACAACCUAUAAUAUGGCUCUGUUAGUUAGAUUUCUCUUAGAUGGCUUCAAAGUUUGAACUUAAUCACCACUACAGAAAGUCAUAGUGAAAUCUAAGAUUUGGAAGAGACUUAUAAGAAAUCUCAAUCUAAGGGCUUAAUUUCAAACAUAGACAUUACUCAAAUGAAGUAGCAAUUGAGUUAUUCUUUCAAGCAAUUUGCAUUUUAAACUCAAGGAAAGUUGACUGAUGCAGAAGUCUCCAAGAUUUUAGUAAGCUUAUUGAAUAAAUUAGCUUUCAGAUUCUAAUGGAAGACUCUACCUAAUAAAUUCCACUUGAUAGCCUACUUUGUUUUGUUCCUCACUUCUGAAGCUCUUGCCUACCACAUCCUCAUCGAAAUCUAUACAAACUACAUCCCAAGCUAUGCUAUUGAAUACAUGAGUGAAGCUCCUUCCCCUUCGGAAAGAAGUCUUUCUUAGAACUAACAAACAAAGAUUCAAAAGAUUUUGAACUACUUGAUAAGUCAAUACUAAAUUGAUGACUUCUCCCAAAAGCAAAUUUCAAGAUUUAUUCAAUUCAUAGGUUUUGACAUGCUUUCCGCCUUUUAUGUUGACAUUCUCAGCUUCGAAUGCUUCUUCACUUCCAUCGAUGACAUGAUCACCAAAAACACUUACAUGGAAGUAGAGAGAAUAUUUAUCAUGCUCAUUAGAUAUCAUCAAACUUAUUUGAGAGAUGAUUGCAUAUUUACAGACAAUUAACAACAUUAGAGAAUUCUUAUCCACUUAAUUCGUAACACUUCAAUCAGUGAUUUAAAAGAAAAGUACAAAGGAGAAAAGACUUUUGAAGGCAACAGAACUGAAACUGCAGAAUCAAAAAUGUUCAAGCAAAGCAACUCUAUGGUGAUGAAUUCAACAACUACUGGCGAUUUUACUCAAAUUACUACAAGUUAGGCCAAUAACGAAGAAAGAGCCACUUUGAACGGAAAUUAUCCUCCUGCUCCUGUUGAGAAUGGUUAAAAUGCUCAAGUUCCAGCUAUGAAAGCUGAAAGAUAACCCAGUACUGUAAAUGGAGGUGAUGUCACUGAAUCUGAUGACGAUGAAGGAGAAACAUAAUAAAUCGAAGUUUAGCAAUACAAGAGCUCUGUAUACUAUAAUUAAGUAGAAAAAGAUUUAUAAUCUUAAAAUGCUUAGCAUGAUUUAGAUAUCGAUGUAGCUGAAGAACUUAAUGAAGAAUUCAAAAAGAGAGAAGAACUUCUUAAGUCUGAAAUAGCUACUUACUAGAGAUAGCUUAUCAAAUAAGAAAAUUAGAUCAAGGAAUACAAGCAAUAAAUUCUAGUUUAAUAGAAUGAACUAUAAAUCACUAGAACUGAAUUACAAACACUUUAAAUUGAAGUCCAAACAAUCAGAACUUAAUCUUUAGUCAGUUCCUAGUUUGCUAGCUCUUAAAUUUAAGGAUCUUAGGAGACCCCUACUGCUAAUACUAAUGCCAAUAUCAAUUAAGUUCAAAGCGAAUAAUAACAAUAAGUUGAGCAUCUAUUGUAUAUGUUGACUUAAAAGAAUAUUGAAUGUGAAAAUUUAAUAAAAUCUCAAAGCUAAUAGGAAAGCAAUUUUAACUUACAAAUUGAAGAAUUGAGAACCUAAUUGCAUCAAAAAUCCAUUGAAUUUGAAAAUUAUGUCGCUAACUAGCAAUCAACUAUUUCCGGCUCUCAAAAUAAUGAGGAGAUUGAACAAAUUAGAGUUUAACUUCAAUCUUAAUUGCAAUAAAAGACUGUUGAGUGUCAAAAUUUAUCUAACACUUUGGCCUUGACUCAAGAAAAGGUAUUAAUGAUGGAAAAGAACUAAAAGUCUUCAGUUCAACACCCUCAUAACAAUGCUUGUAUCGAAUAAUUAUGGAAAGAACUCUAAUCUCUACAAUAAAAGAUUGAAGAAUAGAGAUAAGAGAAAGUCUCUCUUGAACAGUAAUUGCUUUAAGAAAAAGAGCAACUUAUUGUCAACCACUUACGUGAAACUGCUAUCUUGAAGCAAGAAGUGUCUGAAUUCUAACAAAAGAUAUUCUAAUAAGAAGAAAUGAAAUCUACUGUAAGCAGUGAAUAUGUUUAGAAAAUCAUUGCAUUAGAAAAAACCAUUUAAGAAAAAGAAGUUUUAAUUUAAUCUUAAGUCAGCCAAAUCUAGGUAAUGUAAACAGAAGUUCAAACUCUAAAGUAGACUGAAUAAUCUUUGAAAAAAGAAUUAGUUCAGAAGUCAGAAUAAUCAUCUUCAUACUCUGCCACAAUUGAGACUCAAAUAAAGGAACUUUAAUCUAACCUUGAAUCCAUGCGCUAGACCAACUCCUCUCUCGUUUAAGAACACAAGACUUUGAUGGACUUGACUGUUAAAAACAACAACAUUAUAUUUGAAGAAUUCAAAAUACAAAUAUAAGAAAAUGAGCAAACAAUUAUCAACUUAAGAACCUAGCUUGAAGAAUCUCGCUUGAGAGAAGUCUCAUUGAACCAAUAAGUCAUCCAAAUGACUGAGAAGAUCGUUCAAUUAAAUGAACAAAUCGCUUAAUUGGGUGAGCAAAUAUAAAGUGUAACUCAAAGUAACUAAGAAUUGCAAACAGUCAUCACUGAAAAAUCUAAAACAAUCGAAUAGCUUGAAUAACAAGUUUUAGAAGACAAAGAAAAGAUGGAAAAUUACGAAAGAAUUUAUUAACACAAAGAAUAACAAAUAGUUGAACUUAGAAAUCAAUUAUUGCUUUAAGAAUAAACAAGCUAGUAACUUAUAGAAGAAGGAAAGACUGAAAUUAUUCACUUAAAAGAGUAAAUCAGAAUUCUAGAAAUUACAUUAGUUGAAGUUAGAUAAGUAGUUGAGUAGAAGACCCUCAUUAUUGUUUCCCAUGAGCAAACAAUAAAGUAGCUGAAUGAUAAUAUUCAACACUUAACCGAAUCCUAUUAAACAUAGCUCUAAGAAUAACAAAACUAAUACAACCAACUUCACCAAAGCUAUAACCUUUUACAAUAAGAAAAGAUGGUCAUUGAAUAAAAAAUAAUAGAAAUUACAAAGGAAGUAGAAACCAAAAUCUUAAUUAUCCAUGAAAAAGAAUAAAUAAUCAUCUAAUUGCAAGAAAAGCUAACCAACAGAUGCGAAGAACAUGAAAAGAUCAUCGAAAAACUCAAAAGCAAGGUUAACAGAUUGCAAAACGAACUCAAUAAAUACUUGUCUGUAUUCAACUCAGUAAAAACUACAGUCACAAACGUUGAAGAAGAUAACAUAGACGAUGAUUGA